AUGGCUCCUGAAAAUUUCACCAGGGUCACUGAGUUUAUUCUCACAGGUGUCUCUAGCUGUCCAGAGCUCCAGAUUCCCCUUUUCCUGGUCUUCCUGGUGCUCUAUGUGCUGACCAUGGCAGGGAACCUGGGCAUUAUCACCCUCACCGGUGUUGACUCUCGACUUCAAACCCCCAUGUACUUUUUCCUGCGACAUCUAGCUAUCAUCAAUCUUGGCAACUCUACUGUCAUUGCCCCUAAAAUGCUGAUGAACUUUUUAGUAAAGAAGAAAACUACCUCAUUCUAUGAAUGUGCCACCCAACUGGGAGGGUUCUUGUUCUUUAUUGUAUCGGAGGUAAUGAUGCUGGCUGUGAUGGCAUAUGACCGCUAUGUGGCCAUUUGUAACCCUCUGCUCUACGUGGUGGUGGUGUCUCGGCGGCUCUGCCUCCUGCUGGUCUCCCUCACGUACCUCUAUGGCUUUUCUACAGCUAUUGUGGUUUCACCUUGUAUAUUCUCUGUGUCUUAUUGCUCUUCUAAUAUAAUCAAUCAUUUUUACUGUGAUAUUGCACCUCUGUUAGCAUUAUCUUGCUCUGAUACUUACAUGCCAGAAACAAUAGUCUUUAUAUCUGCAGCAACAAAUUUGGUUUUUUCCAUGAUUACAGUUCUAGUAUCUUAUUUCAAUAUUGUUUUGUCCAUUCUAAGGAUACGUUCACCAGAAGGAAGGAAAAAAGCCUUUUCCACCUGCGCUUCGCAUAUGAUAGCAGUCACGGUUUUCUAUGGGACAAUGCUAUUCAUGUAUUUGCAGCCCCAAACCAACCACUCAUUGGAUACUGAUAAGAUGGCUUCUGUGUUUUACACAUUGGUGAUUCCUAUGCUGAAUCCCUUGAUCUACAGCCUGAGGAAUAAUGAUGUAAAGGUUGCCUUAAAGAAAUUCAUGGAAAAUCCAUGUUACUCCUUUAAAUCAAUGUAA